UUUGUUAGCAUAGCAACACUUACAGGAAAAAUGAUAAGACUAAUUUGAAUUUAUCAAACUAUUAGCCAGAAACUAAAUUGAAAUUUUCUAUAUUUUUGUAGUUUAGCUUCAAUAAAAGUUAACUAAAAAAUAGAAGAUUUCGAAAAUCAACAGAAUCUAGAGGAACACACACAACCUGCACGCGAAAGUUUUCAAAUGUUGACUGCAGGAUGCUUUGACAAAAGCAAAGGGAAUCACAGUUAUAAACAUGUUGCAUGCAACAUUCGUCCUUUUUGGCAGUUGCUAAACAUAAGGAUAAGCUCCGCCCUUGAAGGAAAGCGCAGGCGUUCUUUUUUGGGGGUGGAACCAAACUAAAAAAUAAACCUAAUGAUUGUUUUCUAUUAAAAUAAAUAUGUUUCCUGAGCCUACGAAUUAUUGCAUAUAAAAGAAAACAUUUCCUAUAAGUGGAAUACGUUUCUAAUGGAUUAAGCUCAACUUAAAUUAAACAAAAAAAUUCCUAGAUUGUUGCGUCUCAGAUAACUUGCCUCAACUAUUGCUCGCUUAGUACAGAUAUCGGAUUUAGUAUGAGCUCAGAGUAUUCCACACAAUCAACAUGGGCACUCCUCUGAAUGCGAAUUUGUCACCCUUGGAUCAUGUUACGCCCCACUGAGCACCGUCCAGCGAUAUCGAGUCUUGCAGUGUGGGGCCCCCCAAAUCGAAUGAAACAAUUGAAUAAAAUCUGAACAAAUUAAUUGGAAAAUCAGUUGAAAUCAGUGGCACUCUCAACGCGGUCGUGUGGUGGUCCAGAAAAUGUUGCAGGAACUACAGAAUAAUACCCUGGGCUUUGCCCUCAAGCGUCGAAACGAUCGGUUCGUGGUGGAGCCCAUCGGUGGCAUAGUGAAUCCUGCCUAUGAGCCCGACCUAUCAGGAGAUGCUGCUGUAUCAUCGCGGGCCAAUCGAGGCAUUGGCCAAUCAAAAUGGCGAGUAUAAACUACAGUUUACUCACUUGGAUAAUAUACACAGCUUCCAAAUAUAUAAUCAGCGCACGAUUCUGUUCUCAAGGCCUACAUAGAUGAUACAAAUAAC